GUGUAUAUAUAUAUAUGUGGGUAUAGAAGGGGGAGGGAGAGGAAAUAGAGAAACAGCAAACAGAAGAUUGGAGAAGUGAAAAUGGUGGCAAUCUCUCUGUAUAGAGGCAACCUCCACAGGGUUCCCGAUGCCCCUCGUCGAUGGCUGAUGCCAACUCCUAAAAUCUCCCUCAAAGACUUCAAGAUCCUUCUCCACCGCCGCUCCACUGCCCUCUCUCGCCUCCUCACCACCACUACCACCAUCGCCACCACCUCUAACCCUAACCCUAAAGACAAUGAAUUUUCCAGCAAUGAACCCCAGCCUCCUCCAUCGGAGCCACCAAGGGUUAGCAAUCCUGAGGAAGGGCCUUCUUCGUUUCAAGAGGAAGUCAAGGACCACAGAGGAUCGGACGGUGGUGGUGGUGGUUCGGAGAAACCGGUUGAUGGAUCUGAUACCAGACCGGUAGUACCUGAAAGCAGCUCCAAUCCAGUGGACUCACGUGGUGAUUCACGAGGUGAAAAGCCUGUGGCUUCCGAGAACCCUAACACAGAGCUGCAGACAAAUGAAAAAAUUGAUGCAUUGCCAUUAACUGAUAGAGAGAAAAGGAAAAGAGAGGUCGAAGAAAAGUUGCAGAAUUUGAAAGCAAAGAAACAUAAUUUAGUACAAGUGCUAAAACAGAUAUUAAACGCAGAAGAAGAAUUGAAGAGACGAAGUAAUAUUCCAUUUCAAGGAAUGGCAAUGCGUCCAUCUGUUCCACUUCAAGUGGAUACUGCAAAUGAUUCUGGAUCAAUGAGUAGGCAUGCUACUCCUAGGAUUGGCUCAGAGGGAAACCUUGGCAGUGAUAUGGAAGGAGGAGAAGCUGAUGAUGUUUCAAACCAUAAUGUUCAUUCUCGUCAUUUGCUUCGAAUGAGCAGUACAUCGCCAUCUUCAGAUUCUCCUUAUAGAAGGCCUGCCUAUAUCCAACAUAAUACGGUUCCACACCCUUCUCGAGCGAAUGCGGCAGUUGCUGGUAGUCCAUCACGCUUUGCUCCCUCAGGGCACCAAGGUCACCCCGCAAAUCUGCCUACAGUCUCUGUAUCUGGAACAAAUUACGUUGCCUCCUCUCCCUCCCCUGCCGCAUCUGGUGGCACUUCAGCAUUCAGAGAUGGCCGACUGUCAAGUCCAUGGAAUUAGAAGCUUUGCUGCCUCCUCGUAUAUCGAGAAACAUAUUAUGCUUUAAUUCUGCAACCUGGCUCAAAUAUGUUUGGAGCUUAGGUUUUGAAUGUCGUUGGGAGUACGAUGAGUGAGUUGCAGCUGGAACAUGAAGACUCUCAAUUUGAAUAGUCGUUCAGCAGAACAGAUCCAGAAAUCCCAUUUCACCAUAUAGUGUAUUGUUCGCAUCUUCCAUAGCCGGAGUGCAAGGCUAGUAUCAUUUCACGUCUCACCCACCAUGAUGUUGUAAAUUCGAAUGUGUCGGCUACCAUUACAAAUCUAAGCCGUAUAUGUGUUUAAAGAAACGAAUUACUUAAAGACUCUUUCUGUUCUGAUCA